AUGCACAUGAUAAUUUGUGUGUUCAUGUCAUCUCAAUAUCGAGAGACUUCAUUGCUGGUUGUCAGAUGCGGUCAGCUUACGGAUUAUUUCAAGUACAAUAUAGUGCCGAAUGAUGAGGACUACAAAUGUACUCAAUAUAUGACCACUGAAUUCCGCUGGUAUUGGAAUCAGGUGUUCACGUAUUAUCCUAACAAGAAAGCUUAUACAUAUAUUAAGAUUACAGAAUCGCUUCUUUCGAAAAUAAUUCCAUGUGUUGCCUUCCCAGUAGUCACCUUAUUCUUGAUAUUAGAAAUACGAAAAGCUAAUAUUCAGCGUCAGAAGUUGGAGUCGUCUUCGGAAACCAAAAAAUCUAAGAACACUUCUAAAUUAGUUUUAUGCUUGACACUCCCAUUCUUCAUUGCCGAGCUUCCUCUUGGUAUUGUUUUCUGGAUGAGUCAGUCGAACAUUUUUGUGGAGGAAGAACGAUUUUAUUUCAUAUUGGAGGCAUUCGAAAAAUGUUUCUCUUUUAUUCUCUCCGCAACCACUGCAACUCACAUGAUCAUUUGUGUGUUCAUGUCAUCUCAAUAUCGGAAAAGCCUAAUAUCUGUUAUCCAAUGUGGUUUUGUUUCUCAGGCCAAUGCCCGCCAAAAAGAGGCCAACCGAGUAAUUCGUGACGCUUUUCACCAACUGCAAAUGGUUCUGCCGUGGAAGAACAGGGAUGGAGCCCCGACAAGACGAAUGAUUCUGUGGAGAGCUAUUGAGCACAUUCGUCGUCUUAACGAUCUGCUUGGAAAAUGA